AUGGGCGGUAGCGGCGACGGUUCCCACGACCUCCCCCCGGAUGCCGAGGAGUUUCCGUCCCUCCAUCGUUUGCUCGCCGCACUCAUCCGGUUGGUCAAAGGCGGGCGCAACGGGCAGCGAUGGGGGAUCCCCCCUAUCGCCCCAGGAGGUCCAGUCGGCAACCCACCACCCGAGCUCAUCUUCUUCUCGCGUCAAAAAACGCGGGAGCAGAUGUACACGGUCUUCCAAGAUUGGAAGGCCGCAACUGACCUAUGGAGAAGAGAUCCUGAUGAGUUCUAUGAUUCGCGCUUGGUUGCUAUAUACUUCCCCCAUCCGCCAUUAGAAGUCCUGGCCAUCUUUUUCGCUGACACUUCACUUCCUUCUCUCUCCCGCCGCCGCUUCAUCCCGCCGGAGCCGCGUCGCCGCAAUUGGAGCUUAGUCAAAAUAGCUACGUCUGCUGCAAAAUUGGCUUCGGACACUGUUCGAAUCUUCGAACAAAGUCUAAUCUUACUGAUAAAAUCAUGUAAGACGUCGAAACACCUCCAACAAAUUCAAUCCCAGAUCCUAAUCAACGCCACCGAUCACAGCAACCACAUCGUCACCUCUCAUUUCCUCGCUAAAUGCAUCGAUCUGAGGCAAACAAACCACGCCCGCCAAGUGUUCGACCGAUUGCCUGACCGAAGGCACACCUCGCUCUGGAACGUAAUGUCAAAAGGGUAUCUCCAAAACGACGCCUUUAAUGAGUGUGUGGAGUUAUUCCGUGACUUGAUGAGGGAGAAUGUGAAUCCCAAUUGCUACACAUUGCCUGUGGUGUUGAAGUCUUGCUGCAAGUCAUUGGGUUGGAAGGAAGGGGAGGAGGUGCAUUGCGUUGCUGUCAAGAACGGUUUUGUCUCGAAUACUUACGUCGGCACUAAUUUGAUCGAGUUUUACUCGGGGGCAGGGCGCGUGGCGUGUGCGUACAGGGCUUUCACUGAGAUGGUGGAUAGGAAUGUGGUUUCUUGGACUGCGAUGAUAGCGGGAUAUGUUGCGAAUCAUGAUCUCGUUUCAGCGAGGAGGCUCUUUGAUCUGGCUCCAGAGCGAGAUGUCGUGUUGUGGAAUAGGAUGUUUACAGUUCACAUAGAGUUGGGAGAUAUGGUGGAGGCGAAGCGCCUUUUUGAUAUGAUGCCGUGUAAAGACUUGAUGGCUUACAACACUUUGUUGAAUGGAUAUGCGAAGAAUGGGGAUGUGGAGCGUUGCCAGAGGCUGUUUGAGUCGAUGCGGGAGAGAAAUCACUUCUCUUGGAAUGGAUUGAUUGGAGCUUAUGCACAAAAUGGGCAGUUUCUUGAGAUUCUCGAUGCUUUUAAACGGAUGGUGAAGGAGGCGAAUGUGCAGCCUAAUGAUGCGACGCUGGUUCAUGUGCUGGCCGCCUGUGCAAAACUAGGCGAUCUCGAUUUUGGGAAAAAGGUGCAUAGACUUGCUGAAGAGUAUGGCUAUGAAAGGAAUGUUUAUGUUUGCAAUGGCUUGAUAGAUAUGUAUGCGAAAUGUGGAUUGGUGGAAUGUGCGAUUCGUGUAUUCGAGGGCGUGGUUGAGAAGGAUUUGAUAACGUGGAACACAGUCAUAAACGCCUUAGCUGUGCACGGCCAUGGAGGCGAAGCUCUGAGUGUUUUCCGCAAGAUGAGAGCCUGUGGAGAGAAGCCGGACGGGAUCACUUUCAUCGGAAUCCUCUCUGCUUGUUCUCACAUGGGAUUCGUCCGAGACGGAUUGGCCUAUUUCCACUCCAUGACCAAUGAAUACGCGAUCCAGCCUAGAAUCGAGCACUAUGGCUGUGUGGUCGACCUCUUGGCGAGAGGAGGGCAUCUCGCGGAGGCUGUGGAGUUCAUUGAGAGCAUGCCGGUGGACCCCGACAGUGUGAUGUGGACGGCCUUGCUUGCAGCCUCGCGGAUUCACAAGAAAAUCGAGUUUGCUGAGCUCUCGCUUGAGAGGCUGAUUGAGCUCGAUCCCCACAAUCCUGCAAACUACGUGAUGCUGUCGAACGUGUAUGGGGAGGCCGGGAAGUGGGAGGCGCGGGCGAGGGUGAAGGUCGCAAUGAGAGACACCGGGUCUAAGAAGGUGCCCGGGUGGAGCUCGGUCCGGACGGAAGAUGGUGGUGUGGCUGAGUUUUAUUGCUUUGAUGAGAAGCAUUCAAGAAGUGAAGAUAUAUAUCUUACAUUGAGAGGAUUGACAAAGUUGUUGAGGUUGUUUGUAUACAAAUUUGAGGAGAUCAUGGAGUUUCACCUAGAAAGUUAGACUC